GCUGAGAACAAGGUACCUCAGGCUGAGGAUAAGGUUCCUCACGCUGACAACAAGGUUCCUCACGCUGAGGACAAGGUCCCUCACGCUGAGGCCAAGGUUCCUCACGCUGAGGACAAGGUUCCUCACGCUGAGGAAAAGGUUCCUCACGCUGAGGACAAGGUUCUUCCCGCUGAGUUCAAGGUUCCUCACGCUGAACAAAAGGUUCCUCACGCUGAGCACAAGGUUCCUCACGCCAAGAACAAGGUUCCUAACGCUGAGGACAACGUUCCACACGAAGAAGACAAGAUUCCUCACGCUGAGGAUAAGGUUCCUCACGCUAAGGACAAGGUUCCUCACGCUGAGGACAAGGUUCCUCCCGCUGAUACAAGGUUCCUCACGCUGAGGACAAGGUUCCUCAUACUGAGGACAAGGUUCCUCACGCUGAGGACAAGGUUCCUCACGCUGAGGACAAGUUUCCGCAGGCUGAGGACAAAAUUCGUCACGCUGACACAAGGUGUCUCACGCGGAGGAUAAGGUUCCUCCCGGUGACGACUAGGUUCCUCCCGAUGAGGACAAGGUUCCGCUGAGGACAAGGUUCCUCACGCGGAGGACAAGGUUCCCCACGCGUAGAACAAGGCUCUUCUCGUUGAGGACAAAGUUCUUCUCGUUGAGGACAAGGUUCCUCACGCUGAGGACAAGGUUCCUCCCGCUGAGGACAAUAUUCCUCUCGCUAAGGACAAGGUUCCUCACGCUGAAGACAAGGUUCCUCACGCUGAGGACUAGGUUCCUCACGCGGAAGACAAGGUUCCACACGCUGAGGACAAGGUUCCUUACGCUGAGGACAAGGUUCCUCACGCUGGCGACAAGGUUCCUCCCUCUGAGAACAAGGUUCCUCCGGCUGAGGACAAGGUUCUCACGCUGAGGACAAGCUUCCUAACGCUGAGGACAAGGAUCCUCACGCUGAAGACAACGUUCCUCACGAAGAGGUCAAGGAUCCUUGCGCUGAGGACAAGGUUCCUCACGCGGAGGACAAGGUUCCUCACGCGUGGAACAAGGUUCUUCACGUUGAGGACAAGGUUCUUUUCGUUGAGGACAAGGUUCCUCACGCUGAGGACAAGGUUUCUCCCGCUGAGGACAAUAUUCCUCUUGCUGAGGACAAGCUUCCUCACGCUGAAGACAAGGUUCCACACGCUGAGGACAAGGUUCCUUACGCUGAGGACAAGGUUCCUCACGCUGGCGACAAGGUUCCUCCCUCUGAGAACAAGGUUCCUCCGGCUGAGGACAAGGUUCUCACGCUGAGGACAAGCUUCCUAACGCUGAGGACAAGGAUCCUCACGCUGAAGACAACGUUCCUCACGAAGAGGUCAAGGAUCCUUGCGCUGAGGACAAGGUUCCUCACGCGGAGGACAAGGUUCCUCACGCGUGGAACAAGGUUCUUCACGUUGAGGACAAGGUUCUUUUCGUUGAGGACAAGGUUCCUCACGCUGAGGACAAGGUUUCUCCCGCUGAGGACAAUAUUCCUCUUGCUGAGGACAAGCUUCCUCACGCUGAAGACAAGGUUCCACACGCUGAGGACAAGGUUCCUUACGCUGAGGACAAGGUUCCUCACGCUGGCGACAAGGUUCCUCCCUCUGAGAACAAGGUUCCUCCGGCUGAGGACAAGGUUCUCACGCUGAGGACAAGCUUCCUAACGCUGAGGACAAGGAUCCUCACGCUGAAGACAACGUUCCUCACGAAGAG